UUAGGGCUCAGAAAAGCUCGAGGCCUCGCCAUUUUAUUUUUAGCCCCGGGGGAAUCCACCUAGGAAGGGUCUUGCUCUUUGGUUGCAUUUUUUCAAAUCCCACGCCACAUCCUUGCCCGGGACGCCAUGUCUACCAGCAGCUGUAGCUUCCAGGACCGGUGCGUGUCCAUCCUGUCUUGCAAAUUCUGUAAACAAGUGCUCAGCUCUCGGGGCAUGAAGGCUGUUUUGCUGGCCGACACUGACAUAGACCUUUUCUCUACAGACAUCCCUCCUACCAACACAGUGGACUUAAUAGGAAGAUGCUAUUAUACUGAAAUCUGCAAAUGUAAACUGAAGGACAUCGCAUGUUUAAAAUGUGGGAACAUUGUGGGUUAUCAUGUGAUUGUUCCAUGUUGCUCCUGCCUUCUCUCCUGUAACAACGGGCACUUCUGGAUGUUUCACAGCCAGGCAGUUUAUGGUAUUAACAGACUAGACUCUACAGGUGUUAACUUCCUACUUUGGGGCAACUUGCCAGAGAUAGAAGAGAGUGCAGAUGAAGACAUGUUAGACAUCUCAGCGGAGGAGUGUAUUAGAUGAAUAGGAGAAUAGACUUAUGAUAGAUAUAAUAUUUGGACUUUUUACUAUUUAAAAUGUAUAUUAAUGGAUCAACUUUAAAUUGUUAGUAAGGAUUUCCCAGUGAUUUCUUUUUUUAGAAAACCAAAAUGGGGCAUUUGUUGAUUUAUUUAUUUGCUGUCUUAAAUUAAUUACCUGUUUAAUUUGAGCCAAUGUAGUUCUUUUCUUCUACUUCUACUUCUUUUUCUUCCUCUCUCCAUUCAUCAGCCCAGUAUAGGUCUAUUCUUAACUUCACAUAAGAGACUUUUUUCAUGUGCCACUCAGCUACCUCCCAAUCUGGGGAAGUUUUUCUUACAACUAGAUGCCAGGUAUAUUAUUUUACAUUCCUGAAUAAGGGGCAUUAGUACCCACACAUAUAUCAACUGUGCAUAUAUCCAUGCAUAAAUCCACACAUAUAACCAUGUAUACAUAUGUGAUGCUCAACUUGGAAAUAAACCUUAACAGAGAAUUUUAAAAAAACAAGCUGAUAGGUUUCCAUGGGUACUAGUUAUCAUAUGUUAUUUUGGUGACAACUACUUUAAUGUGGAACAAGACUUUGUGAAUCAACAAAUAUAACACAAUUUUAAAUGUAUGGAGAAAUCCUCUUGAUUCCUCAGCAUGAUGUUAGAUAAAUGAAUUUGUCAGAAAAUUUUCAAUAUAUACUGUGUACCAAUAUUAUUUAUUUGCCUGUUUCUAAAGUCAUAUGGCUACUGUAUUAUGAAAGCCAGAUAAACCAAACCUCUGUCUUUAAGUUACCUCAUUCUCUAGGGCUUUCUCUGUAAAUAGCAAAUUUUAAAUGAAUAGUCUCAGUCCCAACCCUUAAAUAGAAAAACAAAAACAAAAUCUAAAGAAGUGGUUUGUUUAAGCCCUUGUGCAUUAUAAAGAGAGUUUGUUCUUUUGCAAGCUACAUUCGGAGCCACACAGAAGUAGGAAACUGGGAUAGUGUUGGAUUCUGGUUUUAUGUAUAGCUAAAAUCAGUGUAUAGCUAUACAAGUCUGGAUACCCACUCCACUCAACUAGUAUCUCAACUGUAGGUGUUUUGUCAAUAAUGAUACCAAAACAGACUGAGUUGCGGUUUUGUAAAUAAACUAUUGUCCUGAAAA